GGCAUGAAUAGAAAAUUAGGUUUCGUGUUGUAAGCAUUCUGAACAGAUUCUCCACUGCGUAACAGAUUCGCAUCAGAUAAAGCAGCAGCCGCUAGACAACCUCCAGCAAAAAAGCAACGUCUGAUUACCGCUUGUCUUGGACAACCGUCACAGUCAGCAACAGCGGCUUGCGAAGAAAGCAGUUCUGUUUUACCUGUGCCUCUAGACUGUCUGAGUCUCCCGGAUUCAGGUCCUCGGAGUCGCGAUUUCGGGUCAGUGAGUACUAGCUCCAAGGCUGUCGACAGGCCAGUUCAUUUGUCAGGGGUGGAAGAAAUAAUAGAUCUGGGCAACCUCGUACUAGCUGCAAAUAGAUCUUUUGAUUGCCUUAGACAAUUAAUUCAUGAAAUGUCAGAUGCCGAAAAAAUGCAGCACCUUACAUUUCACGUCAAACCUGCUCCAUCAGAUGUCCUCCACUUUCAUGAGGUGACGAAGAGUGGCAAACGCUGGAAGGUGUCUUUUCAGAGAAAAUGGAUGGAAGACUACGAGUGGCUUUCGUACAGCAAUGUUCUGCAAGGUGGCAUUUGUCGGUAUUGCAUCCUAUUUCCCGAACACCCGCAGAGGGGAGGUUCAAAGGGAGGGAAUCCAGGCAUACUCGUGACGGUGCCGUACCAGAAACCAUUCACAAAGGCUCUUGGCAAAGAUGGCGUACUGGUCAUUCAUGAAGGGACGGUCGUGCAUCGACACGCAAUGGUUCAAGCCGACUUGUUCAAACUUAGCUUUGAGAAGGCAGAUUCAAGAGUAGACACGAUGCUACUGAAACACAAAGAUCAGCAAUCCUUGGAGAACAAAGAAAUACUUCGUCAAAUUAUACUAGCUGUAGAAUUUCUGGCAAAACAAGGCUUGCCUCUUCGUGGUCAUAGAGAUGACAAGGUUGAUUUUGCAACUGAAGGAUCUAACAGGGGCAACUUCAUUGCUGCACUACAGCUCUUGGCCAAAGGAAACAGCACUCUUCAAAAGCACCUUCUCUUUGCAAAACGAAAUCAGAAGUACACAAGUAAAACCAUACAAAAUGAAAUUGUUCACGUUUAUGCCAAUAAGACCAGAGAGCGACUAACUGCACAUCUGAGAGAAGAGCAGUUACCAUUUGCAAUCAUUGCUGACGAAGCUACAGACCCUCAUGCAAACCAAGAGGUCCUUUCACUGUGUUUGAGGUUUGUUGAUUUACACUCAGCUUGUAGUCCAGUCAUCAAGGAGUGCCUGAUUGAUUUCAUCUAUCUGGAAAGAGCAAAUGCCUUGACAAUAUCCGAGGAAAUAUUGAAGUCUCUGUCCAAACCACCAGUCUCUUUAGAUCCCAACAAUAUCAGGGGGCAGGCAUAUGACGGCGCUGCGGUUAUGUCGUCUAACAUAGCCGGGGUUCAAGCCAGAAUCAAGGAAACGGCGCCAUUGGCCAUUUUCACCCACUGCUAUUCUCAUUGCCUCAAUCUUUCUGUUGCGGCAACAAGCAAAGUCCAAGAAGUUAGAAAUCUCAUUGGUACAAUCAAUGAAGCGUACUUGUUUUUGUCUAACAGCCCAAAGAGACAGCAAAUGUUCCAGCUAACGUUAGAGACGUAUCUGCCUCAGUCUUCUCGCACUAAGCUUCCAGGGCUCUGCAAGACACGCUGGGUAGAACGCCAUACAUGCUUUGAAGUUUUUCUUGAACUGUACGAAGCCCUAGUGACCUUCCUUGACGCUAUUGUGUCUCCACACGAGUACCCUGAUCUCAUGUCGGCUGACAAGGAAUGGAAAUGGGACAGAGAGACAGUGUCGAAAGCUCAGGGGCUAAAAGCAGCCCUCUCGUCAUUUCAGACAAUAUCUGUUUUCAUAACGACUAAAAACGUCCUUGAUUCAGUUAAGGAACUGGCAGGAAAAUUGCAAGAGCGGAACCAGGAUAUACUUGACGCCUACGCAAUGGUUGAUGAAUCGAUUGAAGAGAUCAAAAGUGUGAGAAAAGAUAUCGAUGCAACAUUUGUUUCCUGGUAUAGAGAUAUAACUGAGCUUGCAGCGAACAUCGGCGUAGCGGAAUCAAUUCCUAGGAAAACCAGCCUGCAGAGGAACAGAAGUAACACACCUAGUCAAAGUCCGAUGGAGUUUUAUAAGCGGUCACUUGCAAUUCCACUACUGGAUUCUCUGACAGCGCAAAUGGAAGACCGUUUCCUACGUGAUGGAAGGCAUGUUGGUGCGUUGCUGAAUCUUGUACCAUCAAUAUUUCUAACUUCGAGAGUAGAGUUGGGCACACUCAGAGAAGGCGUUAUGUUUUGGGAAAAAGACCUACCUUUCCCUAAGUCUCUAGAGAAUGAACUCAGGAGAUGGGAAACCCUGUGGAAGAGAAGAAAAGACCGAGAAUCCGUGCAAGAAGAAAUGGUCAGGCAACGUGAGGCAAGAAUUCCUGACAAUCUGCUGCUGUCACUUGGAAAUUGCGAUGUACAUUCGUUUCCGAACAUUCACCGCCUACUUCUGAUUGCCUGCACUCUCCCAAUAACGAGUGCAGAAGCGGAGCGAUCCUUUUCCCUCAUGAGGCGGAUCAAGACUUAUGCAAGAUCGGCGAUGUGCGAAGAGCGUUUCACAGACCUUGGAGUUCUUGCCAUGCAUUACAGUGACCGUAUCCCUGCCGAGGAGAUCGCAAAAGCGUUUGUGCAAGAACAUCCAAGGAGGAUGUUUCAAGCGUCGUUAUUUAGCGAAACAUGAACAGCAUUAAAAACCUAGCGAGCGUUUUCAUAGAGAGAGAGGUGAUUAGGAAACUCUUAAAGGUGAUUAAUUGAGCUGAUUACUGGCAAGACUUGGUCUCUGUGUACGUAACUAGUUAGAGUUGAGAGACCCUAUGAGCGACAACGUGCAUGGAAGCGACGAGAAAUUGAAUGGAAUGACGAAGUCACAUGUCAGUACAACAUGGGGCAUGGGGCGUGGCAAGUUGUAACUUUCAACCCCCCCUUUCUAAAAAUCCUAGAUCCGCGGCUGUUUAGGAGAACACUAAGAUACUUUCUGGUCACUAUUUAUAUAAUCAUGCAGUGACUCCAAUCAAAA